CGUCAACCAAAGAGAAGUGUCACUUUUGACAUUCACUCGAUCGGGUUUUAUUGCAAAGCGAAAAGCAACAAGAUAAUUCGUUAGCGUUUUGCGCCGAGAGUCGACUAAAGCAUCCACCGCAAUGGGUCACGGAUUUGGAGAACUUGCGAAAGUACGCGGCAUCGUCACGCACAAGAUCUCUCCUUUCGAACAGCGCGCCUUCGCCAAUGUGAUCAGCAAGGGCAUCCCAAAUACGCUCCGACGGAUCCGUUCGCAAAUUUUCAUCGUAGCGCCGCCGUUCGUCAUGGGUUACAUGGUGUACAAUUACGUGGAAAAUCUGCACACCCAAAUCAACCGUAAGAACCCGGCUGACUUCGAAAACGAUUCGUAAGGGCCUCAGAGUGUGCCGGCGAUACAAACGGCAUCUGCAGCGAUCUGUGGUGCAAGCUUAGCAAUGUAAUAAAACACGAGUGAAAUGUGACAAAAAAGGUUUGCGCUUUGCAUUCGUUGCGGAUGAUGAUACCGACGGGGUGGGAGUAUAGUCCGACUGUAGCAGUCCCAUUGAAUUCAGAAGCAUUUGGACACUAUCUGGGUCGAAGUUUGUACGGUGCUUGAAAACUAUUCCCUAAAAGUAAUCCUAUAGGCUUACUAGAAUUUAUGAUUAAGGUACUGUUUUGCAAUGUUUCUCGGAAAAGUAAAAAUUUUGUUCUAAGCCACAGAGAAAAUUGGUUCAA